AUAAAAUAACGUCAUUAUGGAAGGAAUUGAUCCAAAAUUUUUAGAUGCUCCUCCUGUUCAAGUUACUGAUCAAAUCAUCAGGUUCCAUGGUCUCAAUCCUGGAGGACAUAGAAUCAAUGGAAAUAAUAAUUUCCUAGUAGGGACAGGAAAAUCAAGAAUUCUCAUUGACUGAGGAGCCUGAGAAGGAAAUCAAGAGCAAUCUGAAAAAUUUGUAAAGUCAUUAAUUGACUAUUUACAAGAGCACGAACUAACUCUUAGUCAUAUCCUCAUCACACAUUACCAUCACGACCACCUUGGGAACGUUCCUGGAGUGCUUUCCAGUCUCAAAGACCUCGGUCAUAACACCGAAGAAAUAAUCGUAGCUAAAAGGCUUUACAAAGGAGCCCAUGUUGAGGAUACUAUGGAAAUCAUUAAAGAUAAAUGAGUAACGAAAGAUUUAGAAGACGAUGAAAUCAUCGAGAAUGAGACUUCUAAAAUCCAAUGUUUGUUCACCCCAGGACAUUGUGAAGACCAUAUGUGCUACCUUCUUUACCCACAAAGUGAAGAUGAAUCUUAUGUCAUCUUCAGUGGAGACUGUGUAUUAGGAACUCCCUCUGGCAAAUUUGAAGAGCUCUAUGAUUACAUGAAGAGCUUAUACAGAAUCCAAUCUUUAUGUGAGAAAUAUCCAAAUCUACAAAUCUGUUUUGGCCAUUCAAUUGACUUAGAGAAAGAAUACAUAAUAAUGGAUGCAAAGUCUAAAAUAGACGAUUACAUAGCGACAAGACUUGAACGAGAGGAACAGAUUAUAAGCAAGCUUCUUCUAACCUUUAGGUGCUAUAAGAUCUGAUGUUUCUGAGGAAUCUAAGGAAUCCUCGUCAGGAGUUCCCAAAUCAGAAGUCUAUUCAAAAGUCUAUGGACCAAGAAAUCUCAACGCAUCUUUAAAAGUAGCGGCUAUGGGACAGAUUGACCAUCAUGUUUCCAAGCUGGUCAAGGAUGGUCUCCUUGAGGUGAUAGAAGGAGAGGAUCCAAUAUAUAGACUUCUAGAUAAAGACUAGACAGAGAUCAAACAUGAGCAUGAUACAUCAGAUAAGAUUC